AUGGUCCUAAGUAAGCCCACUACUCUAACGAAAGUUGCGUUGCACCCCGAGUCGAACUUUCGGUGCACCCGCAGUGUAAUCAUGGGUGUACCUUAUUUAUAUUUAAACGCCUGAUAGUUUCUCCGUACACGAUUUCGAAGUGAUUUGAUUCCCAAUAUCAUCACUUUCUACAGUUUCAUCCUAGGCCGUUACGGUAGCUCAAAAAAAAACUUUUUAUUUUCGACUGGUUGCCCCAGAGGUGCACGCCAUCCAAUUCCAACCAGGGUGCAGCGCAAACAUCAACGAAAAUAUCACUUUUUUUGGAGUUCACUGCGGGUCCUCAUUUACACCCUCAUUUUUGGUAGAGUGCGACUCACGAACAAUUAUUGUAAGAAACAAUUUUUUUUUGCAUUUUUUAUCAGCGUAGCUAGGAUAACUUGGAUCUAGACAGCCUUUGAGAAAGAAAAAAAGAAAAAAAAACAACCAAAACUUUUUUUGAAGUUUGCACACCGAUGGUAUCGAACCUAAGAUACUGUAGUUUAGAAAACUGACCGUUCGACCGACUGUUCAACCAAAACUUUUGCAACAUAUCCUAAUAAAUGGUCAUUAGUCAAACGGUUGGAGUUUCAACAUUUCAACACGUCCCUUCAGAAUGAAAUUUUGGUUUUUGGGCCGUUCGAAAUGUCAAGUUCUGGUGGGUCUGUUUCGUAAGUUUCAGAGACUGGUCGGUCAAACGAACGGCCAGAAGAACGACAUGUUAUGACCGUUCGAAAACUGAACGGCUAAAUCAGUUGAACGGUCAAAUGGUUCGAACGAUCAAAUUUUAGAGCACUAAUUUUAAUUACCAUUCCGCCAUCUUCCCACUGCUCCUCGCUGCCGUUGCUGCAGACUACCGCCGAAUCGCAAUAGGACUCCGCGCUCGCUUCCUCUUCUCAUCCGCUGGAGCUUUGAAAGAUCAUAUCAGGCCUCAUAUCACUUUUUCCACAGACAUAUGUGGCAGCUUUCACAAUCGGAUUUGGAAUCAGGGUGAAAAACUUCAUCUAUAAAUUAUGGUCUCAUUCAGAAGUCUCGUUGUGAGCUGAGAACACUCCCUGGUUAGCGUCAAACGCAAAGCUCUCAGUUUCUCGUACUCCUUCCUGUACACAUUAAAAAAGUUCAAUAUUCUGACGAAGUGAAGAUUUUUCUUUUUUUUUUUCAGAAAACGGAAAAGGUUACAACAAAAAGUUGUUCAAAGUUUCAAAAAGGUGGAUAUUUUCAGGCGCUUUUUUCCAUUUUUCACCUGGAGCUCCCGCCGAAGUUUCAAAACUGAAACUUUCACAUUCACAAUCGUCUCCUUGAAAUGGUUCGGUCCCACUUGAAUAUCACUUUGAACGGUGAGAAUUUUUCUUUUUCCAAAUGACCCAAAUUUCCAAACCAUCAAUUUUUACACUUUAUACACGGAGAGAUUAUUUUUCUUCUAAAUUUCAAAUUGAACAGUCAAAAAAUGAUAAUAAACUUUGAAGAGACCCUCAUGAAUUGUGAAAUCGAAUGGCACAGCGCUCUGCUGCUCACUAUCGAGGUCUUCUACUGUUUUGCCGACUUCUUGGGCGUUUUCGCCGUUCUCAUCAUUGACCGACGCUAUUUACCCAGUGACCGGUACUCCUGUCUCUCCUUCCAGGUAACUUUGUAUUUCUUCAAUGAAAAAUGAGCUCUUUCAAGUCACCAGUUCAAAGUUUUCGAGUAGGUGAACACGAACACAGAUUGCGACCUCAAAAACGUUGCGAGAUUUAAAUUUCAACUGCCAAAACGCAGCUCAACUGCGGCGUUCUCAGAAAAUUCAUGACGUUUCAAGUUACGCCCAAAUUAAAAAUUACAGAUCGGUACAGGGAUAAUGGCAUUUAUUAUCUGCGCAACCAACAAUGUUUUUAUGUCUUGUCACUCAGCGGAACUUGAAUUUUUGGCGGUAAUUUUCUUUAAACUCAUCUUUUUUAAAGCUUGAUUUUCAUUCAUUUGAAAAAAUUGCGUCCUAAUGUCCAUUUUAAGGUCGUUCACGCCUCAAUCUUUGAAAUUUCUUUGGGAUUCGUGUUCCAUAUUUUCCUAAGUUGCUACCAGGAACUAACCCAAGCCAACCGGAUCAUUUCUUUCGUUUGCUACGUCCUUCUGACCAAUUUCAUGUAUGCUCUAUUGGUAAUUGGCGCACUUGUUAUGGCCGCAGUUCAAAUAGUAAGUUUUAUUCCAUUUUUUUUUCAAAGUGAAGGAGCAGGUGAAAGUUUAGCGACGUUGAUUAGAAAACUUUUUUUCCAGAUGUAUCUAUCAGCAACCUGGUCCCACUUAAUCCCACAAUCAGUUCUCAUUAUAAUCAUACUUAUAUGCUUUCGUCUAUUGAAUCUAAAGUUAUCCCUCAAGGUCAAAGGAGCGUCGCGGAUAAGGAAAAACACACAGAAGGCUCUCAAAAUGGUAAGGGUUAUCUAAAAUCUUUACCUAAGGUUACCUAAAAUCUUUGUGGGCUGGAAAAAAAGACACCAUCUACUUAACUUUCAAUGGGUCGGUUUAAUUUCUUGUUGACAAACCAGAAUAAAGCUUAAACACCUUCAGUAGCUACAUGGUCCCCUUAGAGGCUAAAAUAAAAGCUUUUUUGCAUUUCGAAUUUUCGAAAAUGCUUAUGUUAGAGAUGACUGGGAAAAGUCGAACAUUACAGAAAUAAAUAUUAAAAUAUUUUCCAGGUGUGCCUUCCUCUGUUCAUUUUGUUCCUGAAUGAAAAUAUCUUCCGAAUUCCUAUGAUUCUCGGGACGGAGCCUCAAGUCUAUCUGUUUGUGGCCAAAUGUUCCCACGUCCUUUUCUACACUUCGAAAUAUGUCGUCUUCUACAUCAACUACAAACAAGCAAAGCUACAUAGAGUUCAUACGGAAGAGAUAACAACCCGCAAUGUUUCUGAUACCAAAUUCUAA